AUGCUCGGCUGGUUAAUCUUGCUCCUUUGGGUCUGUGUUGCAGGAAUCAUGUACCGCAAGUCGUGUGCGUCGUCGGCCGCCUGCCUCAUUGCCUCGGCGGGGUACCAAUCCUUCUGCUCCCCAGGGAAACUGAACUCAGUGUGCAUCAGCUGCUGCAACACCCCUCUUUGCAACGGGCCCCGGCCCAAGAAAAGGAGCAGUUCUGCCCCAGCCCUUCGUCCAGGGCUCCCCGGCACCAUCCUGCUCCUCAAAUUAGGCCUUUUCUUGGCACGCUGCUGAAGCUGAAGGAGAUACCAGCCCCUCCUGCAUUGUUCUUCUUGCCCACCUUCCCCCAGCCCCCUGAGAUUUUUCGAGAUUUUUUUAUUCUGGGUAGCAAGGGGAAUCUGUGUUCUCUUUCAGUUCCUUUGCAAAUAACGAAAGAGCUCAGUGUAAAAACAAAACUUUGUGACCUCUGGAUACAUUCAG